GGAAUUGGAAUCUGUCACUUUGGGCUCUAUACUUGCGAUGGGCGUUUUUCACAGAUUUCUGACAUUUAGACUUAAUCAAUUAAUAAAUUGAUUGUAAAAGUCAUUAUUAGUUAUUUAUUUCUUAAUGGAAUAACUCAUUAGUUACAGCCCUCAUUCUAACAUUCUAACAUUAUGUCUUUCACAUAACUUCAGGUGAAAUGUAUAAAUUGGUGAAGUAACACAAUAAAUGAACAUUGUAAAAAAGUAAAAUGCUUCAUAAUGCAGUAUGAAUACUUUAUUGUUAUUCAAAUUUAGCAUCACUAUUACAAAACAUCUUUGAGUAAAGUAUAAAGUUUCAUCCAAAUGUUUUCCCACGAUAGAGAAAAUCUACUAUCAGUAACACUUUGACAGAAAGCGUUACCUUUAACAUUACACUGAUCCCAGAUAAGUGAGUGCCUUAGUGGUAAAUGGGGGUUGUAAAAAUUAAGUGCUUCCUGGUCUGCUGGGCAUUUUUUAUUUUUUUUGUCUGACCCUCUUGAGCGAGACAGGCAGACCAGUGCAAACACUGAACAGUCGGCAGCUGAGCGGAGAGCAGAGAAUCCUUUUCAUGUCGGCCAGCAGACGUCCCGCAUCCACACGUCUUAAUGGCUUUUUAUGGCAGCUUGGAAUCUUUAUGGCUUCUUCCCACUCAAUGGGAUUCACUGCAGAGACAGAGAGGGGUCUUCAGAGGGAGGCUCAGCCACAAUGCUUUGCAGAUGCUGAGAUUUUCAAGCACAUGGCGAAGCAGACAAUGUCUGGCUUCUGGACGGAUUUUAACCUUUGAAUUUCUGGAUUUACUUUAGAGUGCAUCACGUUUUCUUUGAUGCUCUGGUACUGUGGAUUAUUUUUCUGCUUCAGUUUUGAGCUAUCACUAUGUGCGGACUUGGCAGGGAGUGGGACCAUGCUGGGAGGGUUUGUAAACCUCAAUGUUCUGACCAGAACUUCAGCGUAAACAGUGUGGUAACAAUUUUAUUUGAUUAAUAAUUUGUACAGCACAUCAGGAGUAAAUGUUAGCUGUGUAGCAAAGCUGCUAACUCGUGGACUUUGAACCUCUUCAUUCAAAUGUGUAUAUGGGGUAAUUAUUUAUAUAUAUGAUUUAUUAAUAGGAUAAGAUGUUCUUAUUGAGAUUUAAUGCAUCCUUCAUGGCUGUUCUAUUUUUGAUGUGCAAAGUUGUUGUAAAUUAUAGAAUAUCAUGUUUAUAUCCAAGUUGUGAGUAUCAGAUUAGAUAUCACAGGAAGGAUGACGGUAAUGUAUUUAGAUGGAAUAUUGGCUUUAAGUUACUUUCACAGCUGGACACUGUGAAAUGGUGCAUUUUUUGGGGACUAUUUUCAGCUGUAGAAUGAUACACAUUUGGUGCUCUAGUGAAUAUUUAGUGUGUGCGUGUGUGUGUGUGUGUGUGUGUGUGUGCGUGUGCGUGUGUGUGUGUGUGUUAAUGCUAAUGAUAGAACACGUAAAUUCAGCAGUGUGGCUCAUUGUGUCUUUAAUCGUUUGUGAACAACAACGAUGGCUUUGGCCAUGGAUUCAUUGUUGGUCUUGGUCUUUUCAUUGGAUUUGUUGACAGCAAGAAAAAUAUCACCAGACUUGACCUUUUAAAACAAAACUAUAUUACCACUGUUUAAUAUUACUACAUAGAGAAAAAGGCAAGGCCUGUUUAUUUGUAAAGCACCUUUCAACAACAAGGCAAUUCAAAGUGCUUUAAGACUUAAAAAUGGGAUUAGACAAGAUAAGAAACACAAGACAAUAUCAGAAACACAUUAUUGAAUAGGUUUCAAAAGAGUAACAUCAAAUAGAAGAUAUGAAUAAGCUAAACUAGAAUACGACUAAACAGGAGAAUAUAAAUUACACAAUAGUUACAGUGCAAUACAAGAUAUGAAUAAAUGGUGCUAAAUUUACUUUAACGAAAUGCUGUGGCAAACUGAAAAGUCUUUAGCUUUGAUUUGGAAGAACUGAGAGUUUGAGCAGAUCUGGAAUUUCUGGGAGUUUUGUCAUAUGUGUUGGAUAAAAACGUAUCUGUGUUUAGUUGAGACGAGGGCUGAACAAUUUUGAAAAAAACAUCUUCCAAAAUAUAAAAAAUUAAGUGACUAUACUUUGACUGAUAUUGCAAUUGCAGAUUGUAUACAUUCAUUUUAGCCCCAAAACAUUCAGUGCUUUAUAAACCAACAGUAGUAUUUUAAAAAGACGUAUUUGGCACAGAAGAAGCUGAUGCAAAGCUAUAGGGGAAAACACAGAAAUACUUAGAAAUACUUUUGCAUGUAGGUUUAUAAUCUUAAUGGUGAUGUGUGUCAAAGAUGUGUGUUCGAGUUCUGAAUCUAAAGUCCCUGUCCUUCAUUUUACUGGCAAUGCUGUGAAAUAUCACAUGAAACAACAGUACCCACCAUCCCACAGCAUACAUUACAGUGGGUCUGUGCAUUUUGACGUUUUUGGACUGUUUCUGUCUCCUCUCCAGUGUCUGUGUAGGUAACGUUCUGUCUGGCUCCAGCCGCACGUUUCACUUUGGUCAUCAUGGGCCGAACACCACACAGAGAUCAAAAAGAGGAGAAAGAGAGACAAAGCAGCAUCACAGCAGGAUCUCCCCUCGACAAAUCUAAUGAACCAUUCAGGUGGGAAGACUAUCUGAGACAAACAUCCUCCACUGCAGCAUCGCCUACUUCAUUCAAACAGUCCAGAGUCCCCCCCUCUAAUGACUUUAAAGCAGGUAUGAAGCUUGAAGCGCGGGACCCUCGCAACUCAAACUCUGUGUGCAUUGCAACGGUGAUGGGCAUGAUGGGUACUCGUCUCCGCCUGCGCCUGGAUGGAAGUGACAACACCAACGACUUCUGGAGACUGGUCGACUCAUUAGACAUCCAACCAAUAGGAACCUGCGAGAGGAACGGAGACAUGCUGCAGCCACCACUGGGUUUCAGGAUGAAUGCUUCGUCGUGGCCUAUGUUCCUCCUAAGAACGCUGAGUGGAGCAGAGAUGGCCCCUGCCUCUGCUUUUAAAAAGGAACCAGCCAGCCCAGCAAAAAACUACUUCCAGCCUGGUAUGAAGCUGGAAGCGGUGGACAGAAAGAACCCUUACCUGAUUUGUCCCGCCACAGUUGGAGAGGUCAGAGGUCAGGAGAUUUUCGUCAUGUUUGACGGCUGGCGAGGCGCCUUUGACUAUUGGUGCCCCUUCGACUCCAGAGACAUCUUCCCCGUCGGCUGGUGUGCCCUGACAAAACACAGCUUGCAGCCGCCUGGAAAUUUCUUUACCCUCCCUAGUGCGCUCCUUGCUCCCGUUUCUUCCACCUCAGCCUCCCUCACGGCACGUCGCUCCUCUUCCAACUCCUUCUCCUCCUCCAUGCAGACCUCAUACCGACUGCCCAACCCCUUGCCACCCCUGCCUGUGCGCAAGGGUGUCCGAGGUCGUCGUCCCAAAUCCCAGACCAUCGCUUUGUUGAAGGCGGCGGCCGAGGCUGCGGCGGCAGCAGCAUCAAAUGGAGCGUCACAGAGCCCUGUCAGAACAAGCUCUGAGGCUCAACUGGCCCCCAGACCACACAAGAAGAGAGGGCCCAAGCCUAAGCUUAAGAAGAAGCCCCAGGUGGUGCAAUCUCUGGUGGCACCAGCAGUCACAGUUCCACCUCCAGAGACCAGACUGAGCUCCGGACACGUCCCAGCAGACAACAACCAGAGCAACGGCUCAAAUGUGGUUUGCACAGUGUGUGUCUAUGUAAACAAGCACGGUGACUAUGGCCCGCGCCUUGACAGAAAGCUAGUGCAGCAGCUCCCGGACCACUUCGGUCCAGCUCCAGUCAACGCAGUGCUUCAGCAGGCUGUCCAGGCCUGCGUGGACUGUACCUACCAGCCCUCCGUGAUGCUGUCGUUCCUACAGAGCCAGUCCCACACAGGAGGAGAGGUCAUCAGAGUGCGGUCAGAGCACGGUAUUCGAUACGUGAAGCUGCCCUCCGCCUCCAGUACGUCUUCCGUGCUGCGGUUCCUGGAGAACAUGUGCCAACAUCUGGAGAGUGACAGCCUGUUCAGCUCGCAGCCAUUCAGCCCCUUCAGCAACAACACAGGCUUCUACAACAGGACCAAGUCAGAACCACUGUCCCAGCCUGAGAACGGCCGGUCCAACGACGAUUCCACAAAGGAUCCCACUCCCAUCACCCGCCCCCCUCACACCGCAUCGGACUACAGAGCAACAAAGAAGGAGCGGCCAUAUUACCCCGGACACGCACACACGCCGCCACCUCUACGGCGCGUCAGCUCCAACCCGACUGAACUCGGCCAGAUGUGUCCGCCCAGACGAGUCGAGGCAGCCAGCUCAACCACAGGCUCAGACCACCUGAAACAGGACAAGGAGGGUUCAGCGAACGACGCCUCUUCCUGGUCAGUUGAUGAGGUCAUGCGGUUCGUCCAAGAGGCGGACCCCCAAACUCUCGGCCCGCACGUGGAACUAUUUAGAAAACACGAGAUUGAUGGCAGAGCUCUGAUGCUGCUGCGCAGUGAUGUCAUUAUGAAGUACAUGGGACUGAAGCUGGGCCCGGCGCUGAAACUCUGUCAUCACAUCGAGAAGCUUAAACAGAACAAACAAUAGAGGAUGAAGGCACUCUCUUUGGUCACCGGCAGCCAAACAAACACACAAACACGUUUUUACUCUACAGGGAUGUUGCAGUGUAAAUCCAGCUGAACCGUAGCUUCCAUUGUGGACACUGAGGUCAAGUGCUCUGUAUUCAUUUGUGUGUUUUUGUGAAUCAGCAACCUGCAGGGAUAUUACAAAUACAAACUUACACAUGGUCAUGGUAUUUUUUAGAAUCAAGCUGUUUAAAUUGGACUACUUUUAGGCGAACAAAUAAAUAAAUCAACAGCAUUUAGACCAGAACUUUAACUGAAUAAAUAAAAUACCCAUGUUGUUAAAAACAUUUGAGAUCUUCAUUGAGAUGUCAGGGCGGUGUGGCGUGCAUCAGGCAUAAUGCAUAAUGACCUCAGUAUGUCUUAAUUCCCAGCUACAACCCUGAUAUGAAGACAUUUGUUUUUUAAUUUCCCUUCACAUUAAAACAGACACACAGUACAUGAAUCCAUCACUUGCAAAAGUGUAAUUAGUAUCAGAUAUCUCAGCAUUUGUUUAUGUUAGUGUCUUUUUGCCUUAUUGUGAACAGCUGGAGGCCAUAAGUUAUCCAACUUUAAUUUAGCAGAGACGCUGUAGGCUUUGCAGCUUUGUCUUUUCAGAUAUCCAGCUGUCUAAAAAAUGUUUUCCCGAGUCAGAAUUUCAGGAUCGAUGCUCUCCACUCAAGAUUGGAAAAGUCAGGUCAAGUACUGGCAAUGAAUGUCUCGCUGCAUCAUUUCUAACAAUUCAAUUAAGUUUCUGAAUGGCUACGUAUUUUACAAGCUCUCAAAACCAGUGGAUGUAUGAAGUCAUGAGCAUGAUUACUAAGGAGCACUAAACAACAGGAGUGCUUCACAGUUAUGUGAAGGAGAAGUGUUGAAGGGUUUCAUUGCCAAGAUGUCGGAGAAAUCAUCUUUGCUACACAAAUAAUUCCUGUCCUAAAACCCUUUUUUUUGAUAAAAGAAGUUAACAGAGUGGGCACCACUUAAAUGAUGGAUAUCUUAUUUACGAAGACAACCUUGAAAAUCAGUCACUGAAGAGUUAUUUCCCUUUUAUUUGAGUCUGUUUCGUGUGCUGGAAGACAUUCCAGCUGAACAGUUUCAACUUGAGCACUGAUGUGGCUACAAGAUUGUAUUAUGCUUGGACAGUCAUAAUAGAGUUACCCAUAAAAUGACUGGAAGUCUUGGCAUUAAAAUAGAGACAACUGUCUAGUUUAAGUGCUGUACAGAACUUUGAAGAGAGAGUACAUGAUGGGUAAACUGUUUUGUAUGAAGUCAAUCCAAAAGGUUGUUUUUUAAUAUAAUUUUGUACUGUAACAAAUUGUAUCAAGCGUAAGUGUAAUCACGCUUUUUUUCUGCCUGAAAUAUUUUUUUUCUGCACCAUCAAAUAACUAAACGCAGGACAAUGUUGUGUCUGAGUAAUUAAUCAAUUAAUAAGUCUCAAAGUAUUAAUCUGUUUUAAUUAAUACUCAUUUUCUGAACAUUUCAGAACCCUUUUCAAACCAAAUCACGUGUGUUGUAGCUGCAUUUCACACUGUUGCUCUCCUGUAGUGGUGACAAGUUGAUACUUGAACCCGUCUUGCUUUAAUGUGAAACUCAGGUUUUAGUAGGGGUUGUUUCGUAGAUAUUUUACAUCUCUAGCGUUUUGUGUUCAUUGCGACGACAUAGAGAGACUGCACAAUAACCAACUAUGUAUAUUUUCUAUGCCUUUUCAUCGAUCGCUCUGUCUGCAGCCUUUCAUGUGUAAAUAUGCGACUUUUUACUGUAAGUUCAACAAACAGCGGUUGUUGAAUAUGUUUGAUAUGGAUUCACCCGAUUAAACAUUUGUUUACAUCCUCUAAAUGUUUGAGACCCAAGCACAAAGCCACCAUGGUAGCUACUAGCUUUAAAUAGCAUAGUCUUUUUUUUUUUUUUUACCACUUUUUGACCCCUUAAAACAAAGGAAUGUCAAACUUGUAACCCAUCAUCUUUAGUUUCACAUGGUUAUGUGUUGUGACCAAAUCAACAAAAGAGGUUUUUAUUUCUUGUUUAAUGUGAAUAUCUAAAAGCCUCCAGUAAGUCAUGAAUAAAAAAUAGAAAAAAUAAUUCUGUGUAGCAUAAAAGCAUUAUUCUACUCCCCUGUCUUGUGAGGCAUUUCUAGAGCAAUGCAGUUUUUUUCCACACAGAGAUAAAGGGUUAUAAGCAGUAAAAUAAAUCAAUACAAUACAAGACGAAAAAGAUAUUCAAG